AUGUCUACGUUCAGCGGCGAUGAAACAGCUCCCUUCUUCGGUUUCCUUGGCGCUGCAGCCGCACUCGUCUUCUCCUGUAUGGGGGCUGCUUAUGGAACCGCAAAGAGUGGUGUUGGUGUGGCUUCAAUGGGAGUGAUGAGGCCCGAGUUGGUGAUGAAAUCGAUUGUCCCAGUUGUUAUGGCUGGAGUUUUGGGUAUUUACGGAUUGAUUAUCGCCGUCAUCAUCAGUACCGGGAUCAACCCCAAGGCUAAGUCUUAUUACCUCUUUGACGGAUACGCACAUCUCUCGUCUGGUCUCGCUUGUGGUCUUGCCGGUCUUUCCGCUGGAAUGGCCAUUGGGAUUGUCGGUGACGCCGGUGUCAGGGCUAAUGCACAGCAGCCUAAGCUCUUUGUCGGGAUGAUUCUUAUCCUUAUCUUCGCAGAAGCGCUCGCUCUUUACGGGCUUAUCGUAGGAAUCAUCCUCUCCUCGAGAGCUGGCCAGUCUAGAGCAGAAUGA